AUGGCAACGGGCCACAAAUCGUGCUGCUGUGUUCUACAUCUGUUGGAGCAUGAUGAGGAGUAUGUGUUCACUCUGCCCUGUGCCUACGCCCGCUCCAUUCUUACCGUACCCUGGGUGGAGCUGGGAGGGAAAGUCAACAUCAGUUGUGCCAAGAGUGGAUACUCUGCCACCGUUACCUUCCAUACUAAACCCUUCUAUGGAGGAAAGAUACACAGAGUGACAGCGGAGGUGAAGCACAACCCGACGGGGACCAUAGUGUGUAAGGCCCAAGGGGAAUGGAACGGUACCCUGGAGUUCACCUACAGCAGUGGAGAGACCAAGGUCAUCAACACCUCCAAGCUGCCUGUCAUCAGGAAGAAGAUACGCCCCAUGGAGAAACAGGGACACUACGAAUCACGGCGUCUGUGGCAGCAUGUCACCUCAGCUCUGAGAUCAGGAAACAUUGACUCUGCUACAGAGCACAAACACUGUCUGGAGGAGAGGCAAAGAGCAGAGGGCCGACAGAGAGCUGCCUCCAACACACCCUGGACACCCAAGUACUUUGUCAAGGAGGGCGAGGGCUGGGUGUAUCACAACCCCUUGUGGAAGACCCACUGACGAGGGGAGGGACCUCGGGGAGGGGCAACGUGCCAGCUGCCAAUCACAGCACGGCGAGCGGCCCGCUGGUGGUCAUGGCAACACACAGGGGACCAGCUAGCCGGGCCGCUAGAGAAUAGAGGAAAUGCAACAAGGGGCCUGUGUUCCAAAUGGGACCCUAUUCUCUAUAUAGCGGACAACUGCAGAAAGAGUGCACUACAUAGGGAAUAGGGUGCUAAUUUUCAGGAGGAGCUUGUGUCUCAGUCAUUCAAUAAGAAUGAGAGGUGCCAAAGACUCUCAGAGGGACAAGAACUACAGUCAAGACAGGAGAAGCUCACUGAGUUUCCCUGUCAGAAGCUGACCUGCUAUACCACACGAUACAGGAAACUCGGCGGCCAUUUUGGAGACGGACCGGGUCGAACCAGGAAGAGAUUGGUUAGGGACAGAAGAUGAGCGUGAUCGUUGGUGGUCAAAGAUAGCUGAACAAUUAUGUAGCUUUUAAAAAAAAUAUAUAGUAGAAUCUAAAUAGCAGAAGAAUAUAUUACAUUCACAUGUUUCUUCCUUCACUUUCAAUUUGUUUGCACAGGUUCUGUAGCUGUCUCCACUGUUAUUACCCAGUAGGCCACAGGAGGG